CGCCCAACCCGGAAUAGUCAAACAGGUCACCCCACCGUAGCGUGUCAACACUCCUAUUCCAUUCACCCACAUCGCGCUGGCAAGAUAAAAAAAGUGCUGCAGAUCAAUUCACCUAAAGCAACAAGUGUUACAUAAAGAACCUAUCGCAAAUCUCGACUCAAUAAUAACCACCCAAAGAGCUCGUAACGAUUCCCAUGCACCAAGAAGGACAAAAAGUGGUCCACGCCACCGUCGGUCCAUAUUCAAAUUUAAAUCAACGCCGCGAAACCUGUUCCCGCUGGUGUGAGCAGACUGUGUCACAUUUUGAUCUGUAUUAAAAUGCAGCAAGGUCGUGAAAGUGGUAUAAAAGAUGAUCAAUGACUAAAGUUCGCCGCUGUGUCUGGUUGCGUCGGGCUGGGUCCUCAGUUGAUCACGGUGAAUCAUGGCGAUCGCGUUCAAGCUGUACCUGCUCGCCGUCCUGGUCGGGGUCGUAGCAUCUCACAAAGCGGUGACCCCACAGUUGGUGGUUGAACGCGAAGAGCGCGACCAGGACGUGAUACGGAAGACGUUGGACGAGAUUCGGCAACGAUCGAGUGUUCAGUUCAUGGAGUACGGACCGGACGCGAAGGAAGGCUACAAGUACCACUUGUCGGUGGGGGACGACCUGGACUAUGUGAUACACACCGAUAAACCAAUCAUCAUCCCGAUCGUGGAAACCAUCAAGAGCACGCGGGCGGAGACUGAUCGGAAGCUGCUCGAGCGGUUGAUUGCAUCUGGGAGCAUAAAAUCGUUGGACAGUGUUAAGCGAAAGCAAUAAAAGAUAAGAUCGUUCUAGA